GAGACUUCAUUGACACAUGUGCUCUUUAACAGGACGUACAUAACCUUUGUUGUCUUUGAAGUGUAAUAAUCUUUUUUAUAAAACAAUGGGGAAACAAAAACGUCCAAGACGAAAACCGCAUAAAGAAAAUCCCACAGGAUUUGUAUCGACUAAUCAUUUCGAAGAAAUAGAAGAUUUUACAAAUGUCGACAAAGAAGAAGCAUUGCAAAAAGUAUACGAGGAAGUACAAUCUUCAAUUUUAGAAGAAAAAUUAUCCGGUUUGCAAACAUUAGAAUCUAUGUCUUGUAGUAAAAGUAUGGCUGAACGAAUAGCCAUGGAUGGUAUUGCUAAAAUUCUUGGUCCUUUACUUAUUGAUCAUAGUAUACCAGUAAGAGCUUCUGUUGCAAGUACUUUGAGACAUAUAGUUGAGAAUGGUGGAGAAAAAGCUUGUACAAAAUUUGUUAAUGACGAUAUCAUGACUCCUUUAUCUACUUUGUUUAAAAUAGAUUACAGAGAAUGGCAACCAAAGUUGGAUUGUGCAAUAAAAGGAAAAAUAUGCGACGAAAAAGAAACAUUUAUUCAAGCUAUUACAUUGCUUUGGUCUUUAUGUGAAAAUAAUGAAGUAGCUAUCAAGCAUGUAAAUGAAUUAGAUCUUAUGUCAAUUUUAUUACCAUAUUUUGAUAUUGCCACGUAUGGAACAGAAAUAAGUAUUGUGGUAGCACAGUGUAUACUUGCUCUAUCAGAGGAUAAUCCCAUUGCACUUGAAGAACUUAAAGAAUAUGAACAAAAUUUAUUGAAUUUGUUAAAUUUAAAAGUUAAUGAUGACAUAUCAUCUUGCGAUAUGGUAUUAUUAAAAACUUUAGUAAGUGGUAUAUUAAUGAAUAUAAAUAGUCAUACUGAAAGUAACAAAAUUCAUAUAGUUAGUCAAGUUAUAAAUGUUUUAUCAGAAACACUGGUUAUAGAUAACAUUAAUUUAUCAUGUAAUUUGUCUACAACUUUGUCAGAGGAGAAAGAAAAAUUUUCUAGAGAUACUCAAAAGAAAAUACGAGAAUUCAGAAAGUUACUUGGAGCCCAACAACAAGCAUUAGAGAUUUUGACUAAUUUAUGUUCAGAAGAUCAAGAAAAUGAAUUGUAUUCUGAAAUAGAUGAUUCUGAGCAAAUAGAGGGUGAAGAACCUAUGGAUGAUGAUGAAUCUACUAGCAAUAAUUUUUGUCAAUUAAUUUCGUCAUUACCAGUAGAACUGAUAGAAGUUAUCAGCAAUUCUAAUUUGUUAAAAAAAGUUUGGAAUAAAACUACAGAUAUAAACAAUGUGAUUCGUGAAUCUUUUUCACAGAGCAUUGAAGGAAGAACACUUUUAAAACAGAUUCAUUUAUUGAGAUGUAGAGCAUAUUUAUGUUUACAUAAUUUUAUAUCUACUUUAGAUAUUAGUAUAUUAGGUGGUGUGGAAAAUUUGUACAGUACAUGGUGUGAAAUUGGAACAAUUGUCUUUAAAGAUGCAGAUAUGAAUGAUAUUGAAUUAUUAGAAUCAGCAACUGCUGCUUUGAGGGCUAUUCUUCAAAAACUGACAGAAGUACAGGCAAAUACAUUUUCCAAAUUGACUGUAGCUGAUAUACAACCAAUGUUGAAUGGAGAGAGACAGUGUCCAAAUGCAAAUAUUCGUGUUAAUUUAAUAAGGAUUUUAGGAAAUUUAGCUUUGAUUAUAUCUAACAAUGACAAUUUACAUAAAUAUGAUAUAAUGAAGCACAUAAGUGUAUUUUUAUUAGUAACUUGUGCAACUGAACCUGUAGCAUGGGUUAUAGGAGAAUGUUUGGAUGCAUUAAUGGAUAUAUUUUCUGAAGAUGAGACAGACAAAUUAGCAGGAGAGAUUCAAUUAACGGUUAAAUUACGGGAACUGAUACCAAUUUUUAAAAAUAAGGUUCGAGAACAGAAAAAAGCUUUAGGAGAUAACGUAGCAGUGAUAUCUACGGUAAAUACGAAUAUUAUACGAUUUAUAAAAUAUAAAGAAAAACGUAUAAAACAUUUGAAAUGAACGAAAAAGAAAUUAUAUAUUGUAUAUAUAUAUAUAUAUA